CUAUUAUCAACUGUGGUAAGUCUUGGAAAGUACGUCAAGCUAACCUGAAAUUUAAAUUUUAUGAUAUGCUUUGUAUUUUUUGUUAAUAGACAAGAAUAUAUAAAAGAAGUGAAAGAACAGUGUAAAUGUGUGUCCAAAAAUCUGUAAAAUUAAAUUUAGGUUAAAAGCAGAAGUUCAAAAACUUUUAUAAAAGAAAAUUAUGAUUUGACAAAAUACCAAACUUUCUUGUUAAAGAAAGAAAUUUGAAAUUAUUAUGAUGGAUUGUUUAAAACAGCCGGUAUUUAUAGUGGGAGAUAUCGAUGAGAAUAUCAACCUUUCACUGCCACCUAGUUCUGGAGAAGAAUACAUCAAACGAGUAGUAAUAGAAGCUCAACAAUGUGCAGAUGUAAUGGUGGCCGACAUAGAUCCAUCAUGCAGGAAACAACCUACCAAAAGCUAUAUUGAACCUUUAGCAGGAUGUGUUCAAGCACCGCCAAGUCUUAAACCAACACUGGAAUGGCAACAGUAUCAGGUUUCCGACUUCUCUGAUGUGAGACUGUAUGUAAGUCAAAUGAAAGACGAGAUACAAACAAGUAAACGCAAAUGGAAACCACCUGAUAUUGACUUGCCAGAGUUAAAUGAUAAAAACGCUUGGAUCAACUUAUGUUUAGGUAAUGAUAGCGAAGAGAAGAUUAAACCCACAUUGAACACUUCGUUUUGCUUCAACCAGUCAACUGUGGAGCAAGUACUUGAAUACCUGGUGAAUUUCGUAGAAGCUGAAAAAAGAAUAGAUCAUAAAAUAGGCCAGUGGAUUUACACAUUACUCGUGAUUUUGGAGCAACCAUUGCAUCCUGAUAUGUGUUCCUGCUUGCGCUCCUUGGCACGAGCGUGUUCCAUUAUCCGUGCAGAUUCGAGAGAGUUGGAUGUGCAGGAGCUGGGAGCGCUAAAUUUAUUCAUCUGUUUGGUAGCGAGAUACUUUCGUCAAUUGGACUUAGCAGAUCCUUGACAAUCUCCUAUCUUACAUUUCAUCUAUAUGUUUAUGAUCUAAUAUGUAUAUCUGCAUAUAAUAUAUUCUAAUAAGUGACA